AUGCUUCCUCCCGUCCCCAGACUCGCCGACUACGGUCUAUCCCCGAGACAUGGCUUCCUGCCUGAAACUCUUCCGUUGACUCGCUUGCCGGACCCUUACUACAACAAAUGGGAAGCCAUCGCCGCGAAUCUACAGGCUCUAGUCUUGACCCGUCGUCUUCGUGGCGUCGUCGACAAAUUGCCCGUCCUGUCUACCAUCGGCCUCGAGCAUGAAUCAGAAUGGCGUCGCGCAUACUCCCUCCUGUGCUUCAUGGCGCAUGCGUACAUCUGGGGAGGCGACUCGCCCGCCGAGAGACUACCCAUGGCUAUUUCAGUGCCGUUGCUAGAGAUCUCAGACCAUCUCGAGGUUCCUCCGGUAGCAACCUACGCAGCAGUUUGCCUGUGGAACUUUAAGCCCGUUUUUAUGAAUGAAGACAUCGACAACAUGGAGAACCUGGCUACGCUCAACACAUUUACCGGAUCCAUCGAUGAGUCAUGGUUCUAUCUCAUUUCCGUGGCAAUCGAGGCGCGAGGUGCCCCCAUUCUCGACCUCAUGCUCACGGCCAUCGCUGCCGCCCGAACAAACGACGCCAAGACAGUGACGCGCUGUCUCAUCGGUUUCGCAGAGCGCCUCACCGACCUCACAAACAUCCUGCAGAGGAUGCACGAGAACUGCGACCCCAUCGUCUUCUACCACCGGAUCCGCCCGUUCCUCGCCGGCAGCAAGAACAUGGGCGAAGCGGGCCUACCCAACGGCGUGUUAUACGAACAGGGCACAGGCACAGAAACAUACCGCCAAUACAGCGGCGGAAGUAAUGCGCAAAGCAGCCUGAUUCAAUUCUUCGACAUUGUCCUCGGCAUCCACCACCGGCCUACCGGCGAGAAGCAAAAUACGUCUUCCUCCGAGUCAGAACGCGAGGGACGUCACCCCGCCCCGAAGCACAACUUUAUCCAGGAAAUGCGACGGUAUAUGCCUGGUCCCCAUGCCCGGUUCCUCGCCGACGUGUCGCAGGUAGCGAAUAUCCGGGAAUUCGUGCAGGACAACAAGUCGAACCAGCAGCUGUGUCUCGCCUACGACGCCUGCCUCGCCAUGCUAAGCGCCUUUCGGGACAAGCACAUCGCCAUUGUCACGCGGUACAUCAUCACGCCGUCUAGAGAAGUCCGCGCGAGGAGUCGAUCACGGAGCAGAAAGCGCGUGAACCUGGCGGCUGCGUCGUCCAAGGCCCAGACAAAGGGACAGACCGGCACAGGCGGCACGGCGCUGAUUCCGUUCCUCAAGCAGGCGAGAGACGAGACUGGUGAGCCGGCCGUCGAGGAGUGGACGAGGUCGUUUAUGAAGAGGAAGCUGAGGGCGGAGUAUCAAGCCGAUCCGAUAUUCUCCAAGGACAGAAGUGUGGAAACGGAUGUGGAUGUCAAGGGCCUGGCUGGCUCAUGGACAAUGGAUGACGAAGUAGGUGGAAUUUGUUCAUUCUAA